AAAUGCCGCCCCGGGUUCAAGUUGUACGUCUCAUUGGCAUAUGGGGUAAAAUCUUUGUUAUUGCUACCCAGACCAACGACACGUCGUAGCUGAAUAGACGACACCCGGGCACGUCCUCACGCCCGACGCGCCCUCAAACAGAGUAGAAAUAUUAAUAGAACCCCGCAAGAUUUCUCACUCCACAGUGGCACUCUCUAAAACCCCAAAUCUUAAUUAAAAGAAAAGAACAAAAAAUGAAAAUGUCAAAAAAUGUCAUAAUCUUCUUGAUUUCAAUACUUCAGUUUCUUCCUUUUCACUGCAAUUCCUUCAAUCCAGAAUCUCCAAAAGAUGGACGUGUCCUCGUUAUAUUAGACGAUUUUGCAAUCAAAUCAUCACACUCUCUAUACUUCAAUUCCCUAAAAUCUCGGGGCUUCAAUCUCGAGUUCAAGCUCGCUGACGAUCCUAAGAUCGCACUCCAGCGUUACGGCCAGUAUUACUACGAUGCUUUAAUUCUCUUUUGCCCAUACGCAGAACGGUUUGGUGGAUCGAUUGAUCAAGGUGCUAUUUUGAGUUUUGUUGAUUCUGGUCGUGAUCUGAUAAUUGCUGCUGAUAUUAAUGCUUCUGAUUUAAUUCGUGAUGUUGCCACCGAAACUGGCGUUGAUUUCGAUGAGGAUCCUUUGGCAAUGGUUAUUGAUCACACUAGCUAUGCUGUUUUGGAGACGGAAGGAGAUCAUACAUUAAUUGCUAGUGAUGAUUUUAUUGACUCUGAUGUUAUAUUGGGCAGCAACAAAAUUGAAGCUCCCGUGCUUUUCCAGGGGAUUGGUCAUACAUUAAAUCCUUCCAAUAGCUUGGUGUUAAAAGUUCUCUCCGCUUCUCCUUCAUCCUAUUCGGCUAAUCCAAAGACCAAGUUGUCGAGUCCUCCAUCACUUACUGGAUCUGCUAUCUCUUUAGUGUCAAUUGUGCAGGCAAGAAAUAAUGCCCGAGUUCUGGUAGCUGGUUCAUUAAGCAUGUUCAGCAAUCGAUUCCUUAGAAGUUGGGUACAGAAGGCAGGGAGCUCAACGAGACAUGAGAGAUCUGGUAAUGAGCAGUUUUUGACUGAGCUCAGCAAAUGGGUUUUCCAUGAAAGAGGCCAUCUUAAGGCUGAAAAUGUUAGAUACAAAAAAGUUGGGGAAGGAGAUGAACCAGCAAUGUACAGAAUCAAUGAUGAUUUGGAAUACUCAGUGGAAAUUUAUGAGUGGUCAGGAACAAACUGGCAACCUUAUGUAGCAGAUGACGUUCAAUUACAGUUUUACAUGAUGAGCCCCUAUGUUUUGAAAAACUUAUCAACUGACAAGAAGGGUCUCUAUUAUACUGCUUUCAAGGUUCCAGAUGUCUAUGGGGUUUUCCAGUUCAAGAUAGACUAUCAAAGACUUGGAUACACAAGCUUAUCCUUGUCAAAGCAGAUUCCAGUCCGUCCCUAUAGGCACAAUGAGUAUGAAAGAUUCAUUCCUGCUGCUUAUCCUUACUAUGGUGCAGCAUUUUCUAUGAUGGCUGGUUUCUUCGUUUUCACUGUAGUCCACCUCUACAACAAGUAGCUGGAACAUUCUUGAUGGACCAGACGAACUUCUGCGGGCCCUCCCUCAAUCCUGCAUCCUCCUCAAACCCUUACUCUUCACCUCCAGCUUGAAGAAAUGGAUGUUACAGAAAAAAGAAGAAGAAAAGAAAUGGAAGAAGAGAAGGGAAGGACAUGAACAUUGUGAAUGUGAGGAAUUUUGAUUUAGCAAAGCCUUAUAGGAUGCUAAUGAUGACGCGCUGAUUUUUUUUCUUUCCCUGAACAAUGAAUGCAUUUAAUGGCCCUCUCGCUCUCCAAGGAAAAUUAUAAUAAUAUCUAAUUUCUGAGA